CGCAAUCGCACCAGCCGCUGCAACCACGCACUCUCCACAAUGGCAUCUCUUCCACCUCCAAUACCCAGAUUUCUCCUUCCCCGAGGCGCUACUCUCCUUCGACCCUAUCCCCGUUAUCCCCUCCUCCCACUCACCCAGCACCUCCGCAACGCCUCCUCCACCUCAAAUCCUAAGCCUAAGAACCUUUCCGAAGUCCUCCGCCAAAAGAAACCCGCGACUCUCGCCCAACCCGACAAAUACCGGCCUCCAUCUCAUGGAAAGCGCGCCCCGCGGAGUACGGAUUGGGGCGAAACAGCCUCCAAGGUCUAUGGCCCGAAACCUACUGCCGAAGAUCGAGAACGCAUGCGGACGAAGAAGUAUCCGAAUAUGAUGGCGCCUGAAGGGACAUUUAUGCAUUGGUUUUUGCAUAAUAGGAUUAUUCAUAUUUGGAUUACUAUGGGCACCCUCGUAACCCUCGCAAUCGCUGCUUGGUACAUGGACUUCGUUUCCAAAACGCCCUACGGUGAUCUUAUACCCUCCAAGAAAGACUUCCUGCGGCAUCCGUGGGAGACCAGUAAUCGGUUCAUCGACGUGUACAAAAUGCACGUCGCACACACUUCGCAAUUGGCUUACGAAAAGCGCAUGAAGAAGACUGAGGAUGCGGAGAAGAGGAAGCAGUAUAGAAUGGCGCGGAUACAGGAAGCAGAGGAGAGAGGCGAGGAGUAUAUUGAAGACCCGAGGUAUUAUAUUGGGGAAGAUGGAGUACGAAGGAGGAGGGUCAAGCGUUGGUUUGGGAUUUGGGAGUAGAGAGUGGUCGAGGGAUACGGCUACGGCUGGAAUGGUUUGUGCAGAAA